AUGACACACUCUUCUGCUGGGAUGCCUUACAUCAAGAGCGAGCCCGAUGACUUCGGCAACAACCCAAACCAUUUCAGGUCAUCGUCGAGUUUUGGCAUCUCUCAAGGCUACGGUAACCAGUUCACCAAUCAGCACACAAGCGCAGGCGUAGACCCCAACGACCUCACCAAUUUUGGUAGCGUGCCAUAUAACUACGGAGGAAACAACAUGUCCUCCGGUUUCAGCAUGGGAAACUCUGGCUACGGCGAGGAUGAAUUGCUGGAUUCCCUGGGCUUUUCCAACAACGAUGGCGAUGGCAUGUUUAAUGACUUCACCACCCUAAACCAACCCAGCAACAACAACAAGGGCGCCGGCGCCGUCCAGAUCAAUUCUCAGAACCAGAUGCCCAAUAUCUACUCGAGUACACCCGACAAUGCUCCCAUUCAAAGCCCAUUCCUCAAUGGCUUCGACUACAGCCAGUUUCGACCCAUGGGCUCACUGCCACAGCACAUGCCUUCUCAUCAAGGGCCUCAGCACAAGCGCCCAAGCAUGACCUCGAUUCGGAAAUCAUCAGACCAGCGAUCUCCCCUAAGUCCCCGACCAGCGGGAAUUGCAGGCCUCCAGAUUGGAACUCCGGAGUCGGGAAAUCUUGCAAACGGUCGUCCCAUCAGAGCGCCCCAUGCCAAAACUAUGUCUGGACAGUACGACAGUACACCUGGCAGUUUGCAGUCAUACAUUGACUCUCCGCUGUCGUCACCUGGAAACGGCAUUCAACAUGCCGGGAUCUCCGAAACACUAGGCCCUAGCCACCACGCCUCGCUACCGGCCAAGGUUGAACAUGGCUUCAGCACCAGCAAUGCAGAGACCGCCGAGGCGAAGAAGCGAAGAAGACGAGCCUCUCACAAUGCCGUCGAGCGCCGACGGCGAGACAAUAUCAACGAACGGAUCCAAGAUCUUUCACACUUGGUCCCACAACAUCGUCUAGACGACGACAAGGUCAAGAAGCAAUUGCAAAGCAAUGGACCGAUGUCGCCCAAUGUCGGUGCUACGAGCAUGAGUCCACCCAAUGCCAACAACGCCGCUACCUCUUUGCUCGUAGGUGCCGCCGGUCGUCGUGCUGCCAGUAGUGCUGGCAAUAUCACAAUCGGGCUUCCAAUCGAGGAGAAGGAGAAAGGUCCCAACAAGGGUGACAUUCUCAACGGCGCAGUCUCAUGGACCAGAGAUUUGAUGUGGGCGCUUCAUCAAAAGUACCAACAAGAGGAUGAGCUUGCUCAGUACAUUCAGUCGCUUGGUGGUCAAUGGCCCUUCCAAGUGACGGAUGAUGAGAAACGCAUGCGCUCGGAAGUCUUGGAAGCCAUGGAGAAAAAUGACCCCAGCACUUUCUCUUACACAAGAACUGAUGGCACCGGCCUGCGAGUCCCACGCCACACUAAUCUCGCCGGCGAGCGGAUCCAAAAUCGCAACAAUCCCAGCCUCAGUCCACAGAGUAACUUUGAACUCAGUCCCGGUUUCCACAGCGGUGGCAGUGGCACCAACAGUGGCAGCGGGGGCCCUGGACAACCACAGUAUUGGAACAGCGCUGGACACCCGGGCAUCAGCUUCAAAGAAGAAGACGAGUUCAUGGAAUUGAAUUGA